GCUGAAGUAAGUAAAACCGUAAGCUUGUAGUAGUUCUACCACUAUUUAUAGUAGUGCUAACCAUACAUCUAUCUGUUGUAAAAUUACCGGUAUACUGGGUAAUAGCUACUUAGACAAGAAUGUCACGCUUUAUACCCUCCUUUUGUGGUGCUUGGUACUAACAAUUUUGUAACCCUUUGCACUCCUUCUGUGCUACAUGUAAAACCUAUAUUUCAUUGAUAUAUUUCUAACAGCUUGCCUACUAGAUUAGAAUAAUGACUCUUUUAUCACUUUUAUAAAUGUAGCUUUGAUAGAAACAAUUAUUUAAAAGCUAUAUUGAAUUUAAUUGUUUGAUUUGAAAAUAUGUAAUUGCUUUCCUAUCAUAAGAAAACUUUAAUAUUCCUUUAUAUCAUUAUCAGCCAUAAUUUCUACCAGUAAUUUGUUGUUUUUGAUUUUUUAACAUUCUUCAUAUGUGUUGUUAUUAGACUGACAUACGAUUAGAUAUAUAUAAAGUGACCUUAAAUUAUUAUACAGGUAUGCUUCAUAGUGGAUCCGGGCACACACAGGUCACCAACUUUAUGUCUUCCAUAGAGAUAGAGGGUAUGCACCAUAGAACUAUGAAAGCCCGUGAGUGUGAAGUGGAGCCACAUAUCCAAUCUGUUGCCCAGCAGUCAUGCAGUGAGGCCUUAUUGGAGGAAAUACAGGGCAAUGUAUCAGCAAGAAGUGUAAAUGAAUCCAAUGACGGUCAGCAGGCUCGCAGCUCUGGGGAGUUUAAGUACGACAUGGGAUGGCAGAAGCGUGGGUCAGGAAGGGCCUAUAACAGUAAAUCUGGAGUGGGAACAUUAAUCGGCAACAAGUCCGGGAAAAUAUGUGGCUUUGGUGUUCGAUCAAAGGAUUGUCGCAAAUGUUCCUUUCAUACAAAUAUGGGGAAAACUCCUCCAGAACAUAAGUGCUGUAAAAAUUGGGAGGGCUCGUCAAAAGCAAUGGAGAGUAACGUUGCAGUUGAAUUAGUGAACAAAAUUGAAAAAGAAAAUGUUGAAGUAUCAGUGUUAGUUAUGGAUGACGACUGCACAACAAUGGCACGAAUCAAUGAAGAAAUUCCACAUCCGGUGAUCAAAUGGAGUGACAUUAGUCACACUAAAAAGCAUCUUGGUAACAGUUUAUACCAACUACAAAAGAAACACAAGAAUUUCAACAACAAUUGUGUCAAGUAUUUUCAAAAAUGCUUCUCUUACGCUAUUGUACAAAAUAAAAAUGAUACAGAAGCAUUAAAGAAAAACCUAAAGCAAAUAGUGCCACAUGCUUUUGGAGAGCAUGACCAGUGUGACUCAAAAUGGUGUACUUAUAAAACUAAUCCUGAAGAGUUCCGCCACAAGUCCCUUCCAUCUGGAAAAGAUCUACAGGGUGAUGAAUUAAAAAAUGACCUGAACAUUAUAUUUGAAACAUUUAUCAAUAAUGCUCACAAGAUUUCCCCUGCUGCAUCUACUAGAGAUGUUGAAUCAUUCAAUAAUUCAAUUGCUGCAAAAGCCCCCAAAAGACUGCACUAUUCUUCAUCAUCUAGUUUGCAAAAUAGAGUUAGUUGUGCAGUAGCAGAGAAAAACAUGGGCUCAACAUACGUCAACAAAGUUAACGAACUGGUGGGUGUUUCGCCUGGACGAGUUUUUCAAAAACUUGCAGAAAAAAAAGACAAAACGCGCAAACGCAGACUCGCGUAUGAAAAUACAAGAGAAUUCAAAAAAAGAAAACUUGAAAGAAAAUUAAAAAACAGUACCAUGAAUUCCGCUUCUCAAAUUCGGGAAGGAGUAACUUAUCAGUCAUCUGUUGAUUUGACACAAUCUGACGGCGAGUUUGUCAAAGAAAUACCUGCUCCAAGCAUUGUACCAACUGUCACUCCAUGUAUAUUACCAAAGAAAUAUACCUUUGUGUAUUGUGACAUCGAAACAACAUCUCUUAAUAAAACGUGUGAUAUCAUUCAGAUUGCGGCUGUUUCAGAAAAUGGCAAGUUUUCGAAAUACAUCUUACCUAGUCAACGAAUUUCAACAGCAGCUUCUCAAGUCACUGGACUGACUGUUCAUGGAAAUGUUUUGCAUUUGAAUGGUACUCCUGUAACAUCCGUUUCAUUGCAACUUGCAUUGGCAUCAUUUCUGGCAUGGUUAGAUGAUCAAAAGCCUUGUAUUUUUGUAGGACAUAAUUUCUUGAGGUUUGAUUUACCUAGGGUCUUACGAAAUUUUGAAAUUUGUCAUUUUCUUCAUGCUUUAGAACCAGUUGUAUUAGGUGUAGUAGACACACUACUUCUGUUUAGAGAAGUUUAUCCUGGUCUGGAAAAAUAUUCACAAGAGUUUCUUGUUACAUAUUUUUUAAAUGAAAACUAUGCAGCUCACAAUGCUGAGGAUGAUGUUCUUGUUCUUCAAAAACUUGUUCAACAUGUAAAACCGUGCACUGAAGUUCUUGUACGCCACAGUUCAAGUAUGCAUACCUUGGUUGAGAAGUACCUUUUUGACAAAAUUGUAGAUAAAAACUUAAACACCUUGUUAGUUUUAUGCAAUGAUAAGAUACUUUCAAAGCAAAUGUGUAAAAAGAUUGCUGAAAGUGGAUUAAACUUAGGUCAUCUAAAACUUGCUCACACCAGAGGUGGUUUAAAAACACUCUUGUCUGAAAAAUUCGAUGGGAAACCUCGAGUAACAUCAAAAAAAUGUUUACUUGAAAAAGUAAAUAAGUAUUUUGAAGACAAACAGUAAGGCAAAACAAAUUUUAGCUGAAUGUAACAAUAGACAUUAGACGUUUAAUUGGCUGUAUUUGUACAUGUAUAGUUUUUUUGCAUCUUAGUUUUACAAGCUCUGUAUAGCUGUAAACAUUUGAAUGUAUAUAUGGCCAUACCAAUUAGAAAAGUAAAUAAUAUUUCUGUAGUUUUUUAAUUUCAGCAUUUAAGGGACAUUAUCCCUCUGCUAAGAAGGAUAACUUCUUUUUUAAAUUUUUCACAAAUUCAUCAUAGAUCUAAUGUAAAUUUGUAAAUAAGAAAAACAAAACCCUGUAUGUAACCUGCAUUAUACCACGUUGUAUAAGGUUUUGUAUUUGGUUUUAAAGUCAUUGUUGUGUUCAUGAAAAUCAAUAUUAGAAAUUUAAAAUUUCCAUAGUGAAAUUUAGAGGAGAGGGUCAGGACCCCUUAAAGAGGAAUUUCAGAUGUAAUAUGUUGCAUUGGGGUUUUUUUGUAAUUGAAAUCAAAAUCUAAGAAAAAAUGUAUGUUUUUCUUAUGUUGAUGCAUAUUUUACAACCUCUGACAUUGAAAAACGUCUAACAUCGUGCUAGCAAAUGUUGUUUUAUUUACUAAAUGAAUAUGAUGACCCCCAUUUUUCUUUAUAUCAUUAUUAUCAGUAUACUUAAAUGUACAAUAUGUAUGAAUUUAAAAAAAAAUAAAUUCGUCAAACUUUUUUUAUUGACUUUUUAAUGCGUAAAUUGUAUAAAUUAUGCGAAAACAAUGUACAUUUGGUUAGAUAAAUGAUAAUUUGAAAAAUGA